AUGAGGGCGAUCUGUCAAGGCGACACCUGGAUAGAUGAUCAUCACAGCACAGAGGAUGUGAUGAUCACUGUGGGCAAGGCACUGGCCGAUGCCUUGGGCGACAAGGCCGGCUGUACGCGCAUGGGCUGGGCUGAGGGCACAGAGGGAUCUGCGAAGGUCCUCUGUGUCAUGGACCUCUCAAAUCGUCCCGGUUUCUGCAGCAAUCUUCAGCUACAAGCACAAGACGAGGAGUUUGUGGAUGAUGUAUCCGUGGAGAUGAUCCAUCACUGCUUCGAGUCCUUUGUCAUGAACGGGCUGAUGACGGUGCACCUUCUGCAGGCGCCUGCAGAAGCUCCUGCUACGGCACGAGAGACAUCGCUGGCAGCGGCAGAGGCCAAGGGUCAAUUCUCAGUUCCUGAGACAACGUGGCGCCAUACCCUUGAGGUCUUCGGUGCAGUUCAUCACGAAAUCCCGCUGGCGGCUGAAAGGCGCCGGUCCACAGAGCCUGGCUGUGUCGUCACUUGGGAUGAAAUUGCUCUUGCUGCUUUUAUUUACUUUCUGAUGGCAAUGACGACGAACGUUUUUGAUCAUGGCCAUGUCUCGCAGUCAGAGGUGGAGCCCACUUCUUCGACACAGACUGUGCCGACGAAGACUGUGCAAGUGGAGCCGGUGGUGGAGAUUCCUUACGAGGAGUUGAAAAGCCUUACGCCUGGUGUUCUCGACAAGCUUCGCAAGGCUUUUGUUGGUCCACGCGCUUACGGAGCUGUGGCCAUCACUGGAAUUCCAGGUUACGCGGAGAAGCGUCACAAGGCUUUUCGUGCAGGGAUUGACCUGGCUCUCUUGGACCCUGACGGUCGUGCCCGUGCUGCGGCAGUCAACAACACCUACCCCGGUUGGAGUGGCACACCAGGCAGCGAGACUCACCCGCUGCAAAGCAGUUUCCUUUUCAAUGUGAAGGAGGAGCUCCCAAAUGGCAAGGUGGAUCCAUUCUUUGGCAAGAACAUCUUCCCCAGCGAGGAGUACCGCCGUACGUGGGUGCAGUUUGCAACCUCGAUGUACAGUGUGGCUGUGGACGUCCUCCGUGGUUGUGACAAGGUGUUGGAGCAGGAUGUGCCUACUUGGACUGCAUCACCACGAAGUCUGGCAAAGAUGGGUGAUGAGGGACCUGCACUUGCUGGCCGCUUCAUUUGCUACGACUCUGGCUUCACGCGGGAAGAUCGCCUCCUGCAAACGGCAACGGAGAUCAAAGAAGAAGAGACUGCCCGCGAGAAGACGGCUGUGCACCAUGAUGACGGGGACGGACUGGCGUCCAUGCGAACCCACGCCACUCCUGUCAAGAGUGCUGGGCACGCUGCAGACGGCAUGGCAUCCAUGCGAACUCCAACCGCCCCUGUUAAGAGCGCAGGGCACGCUGGAGAUGGGCUGGCGUCCAUGCGCACUCACACCACUCCCGUCAAGAGCGCCGGGCACGCUGGAGAUGGGCUGGCAUCCAUGCGAACCCACACCACUCCCGUCAAGAGCGCCGGGCAUGCUGGAGAUGGGCUGGCAUCCAUGCGAACCCACACCACUCCCGUGAAGAGCGCCGGGCACGCUGGAGAUGGGCUGGCAUCCAUGCGAACCCACACCACUCUUGUCAAGA